AGAUGGGGGCGACACGACAACAUUCCAACACACCUGAUGCAGAUGCGUUUGGUAUUCACAAAACAAGAAAACUCAACUAAUUUGAUAAAGAAUUCAGUUUUAUAAGAUCAUUUUUAACGUUUGACCAUAAAGCUCUGUUGUUUCAGUAGUAACAUUAGGUUAUUAUUGUCGAUUGUAUGCUAACCUAUAAAGCCACAAUGCUGUAUUCCAGAAUGCUCGUAGUCCGUUACCUGGAAAGCAUGCAAUGCUUCUAAACUUAAUGCGGGGUUUCUUAUAAUUAUUCCACACGCGUCAUUACACCACCAUCACCAGAUCCGCAACAAUUUGCGAGUGGUUGCCGUGCUUUCAGACGUCUGAGCAAUAAAUACAACAGCACGUGUAUUGGGCGGUCACUGCCACACGGUAUUCACGUGGCUAUUAGGACAACCAAAACAGCACGAAGCGCUGAAUGUAACACAUUUGUAUCCAGACGCUGAAUUCAUUUCAUAACCACGCAGCCAUGGACCUUGAAGUGGAAUCUGCAGAUGUGAUUCGUCUGAUCAUGCAGUAUCUGAAAGAGAAUAAUCUGCACCGCACGCUGGCGAUGCUUCAGGAGGAGACGACCGUGUCUCUGCAUACAGUGGACAGCAUUGACAGCUUCAUCACAGACAUCAACAGCGGACACUGGGAUAUUGUGUUGCUCGCAAUCCAGUAUCUGAAACUUCCUGACAAGCUGCUCAUUGAUCUCUACGAACAGAUUGUGCUGGAGUUGAUUGAGUUGGGGGAACUGGGGGCAGCCCAUUGUUUACUGAUGCAAACGGAUCCCAUGAUCAUGUUAAAGCAUACACAACCUGAGCGCUACUCACACAUGGAGAAUCUUCUCAACCAGCCUUACUUUGACGCUCAAGAGGCAUAUCCAGCAGGCAGUAGCAAAGAGAAACGCAGACAGGCCAUCGCUCAAGCUUUUGCUGGAGAAGUUUGUUUGGUGCCACCAUCUCGCCUCAUGGCUCUGCUGGGCCAGGGUCGUAUUUGUGAGGGGGCUCUUUACAGAUUGCAAGAGACCAAAGCACUAAGGCAGUUUGGGUCAUUAGCAAUGCUGUCUUUAAAAUGGCAACAACACCAGGGACUUUUACCUCCGGGUAUGUCAUUGGAUCUGUUCCGUGGCAAAGGUGCAUUGAAGGACAUGGAGGAAGAGCAUUUCCCUACACAGCUGAGUCGCCUUAUAAAGUUUGGGCCAAAGUCUCAUGUAGAGUGUGCUCGGUUCUCUCCUGAUGGACAAUACUUGAUCACUGGUUCUGUGGAUGGUUUCAUUGAGGUCUGGAACUUCACCACUGGUAAAAUUAGGAAGGAUCUGAAGUACCAAGCCGAAGAUAAUUUCAUGAUGAUGGAUGAGGCCGUUCUGUGUCUGGCAGUAAGUCAUGAAUCAGACAUGAUCGCCUCUGGAGCUCAAGAUGGAAAGAUACAGGUAUGGAGGAUUAUGAAUGGCCAAUGCCUCCGGAGGUUUGAGCGAGCUCACAGCAAAGCUGUCACCUGUGUCUGCUUCAAUAAGGAUAGCAGUCAACUGCUAAGUGCCUCCUUUGACCAAGUCAUCAGACUUCAUGGCUUGAAAUCAGGAAAAACAUUGAAGGAGUUUAGAGGCCACACUGCUCAUGUAAAUGAUGUUAUCUUCUCACACGAUGGCCAGCAUGUCAUUAGUGCAUCAGCAGAUGGGACGGUAAAGAUCUGGACCAUGAAGACAAUGGACUGCACCUGCACAAUUAAAACCCCCGACAUUCCUGAGGGUUUGCACAUCACUGUUAACAAUGUUAUGCUGAUCCCGAAAACUCCUGAGCACUUUGUGGUGUGUAACAGGACCAACACGGUUGUAGUUACGAACAUUCAUGGGCAGGUGAUGAGAAGUUUCUGUUCAGGCGUGAGAGAGGGGGCAGACUUUGUCUGCUGCACGUUGUCUCCGCGUGGAGAGUGGAUUUAUUGCGUGGGAGAAGACUAUCUGCUGUACUGCUUUAGCACCAUCACUGGCAAACUAGAGAGAACCCUCACGGUACAUGAAAAAGAUGUGAUUGGCAUAACUCACCACCCCCAUCAAAAUCUUAUUGCCACAUACAGUGAGGAUGGUCUGCUCAAACUCUGGAAGCCCUGACUUACAUCCUUCAUACUAUGGACUCUCAACACUUACCUUGUGUUACUGUGUUCUAGAUUUGUGGUACCCUGCAUACACUUAUGUCUUUGCAUUUAUAAGCCUGCUAUGAAAUUGAUCUUCCAUUUAAAAUUUUGCAAAGAAAAGUCGCAAUUACCUUUUAAUUGAAUCUUUGCCCCCUGUGCCAAAUUAUGCUUGUCUGUCGAAAGACAGAAGACGACUCCGGGCCAGAGCUGCUACAGAUUCGCACCGGAUCGAUUACUUUGGCCUGGAUUCGGUGCAUAUCUGGCCUGGAAUCAUCUGCUGUCUGGGAGGAAUCUUGGACCACAGUAGGGAUAAGAUGCAGGACGUCUACAAUAUCCAAAACUAACAGCGUCUGAUUUUAGAAUGCUAACUUUCCUCUUAAAACUUUAAAAACUGCAUGAAUGUACUGGUCUAUUAAUAUCAUUAAGGGCUUUAUAGUAUUGUAUGUGAUGAUACCUGCAUGCAAGAUUUAAUCAAAACUAACAUGAUAUAUCAAAUUUCAUUCCUAACCAUUCUUGCAGUUCAACAUCUUGUCUGUGAUCAUAUUGUGAUUUUUUAUCAUUUGACCAAAGGCAAAUAUUCAGUGUGUACUUUCUCAGAAUGUGACCUUGAAUGUCAAGGACAUGUUGUAUUGAGACUCAUCGAGGACCUUUUCAUAUAUUUGUACUUGUGUACAUUUAGAAUUCUGAUGUGCUUAGAAUUCAUGUGAAACAAUAUUGUUUUGAUUAUAUUGGUUUAGUGUGUUUUAACACUUGACCGAGCACAUUGUGGUACUUGUACUGCAUGCAAAACAACAUCUUAUGCAGUUAUUGCAAUACUGUAUGGGUAACCUGUGUGGUUUAUAUUAUGAAAAUAACCAAUUAUUUUUAUCAAGGAUAUUCACAAAGUUCUUUGAAUAUUGGUAUAAGAUUGCUUUACAGUGUAAAUCUGAGUAUCCUACCGUGUUGGUAAAUUACGUAGUAAUAUUGCUGCUGUUCAAUUUAAUUAAAUUUCAAGCAUGACAAACUUGAAAAGAUUGCA